UGGAUAUCUUCUGACCUGCAUGUGAUUAUGCGGAAGGAGGAAGUGAAUUGUUCUUCCGGUGUUGUGAAAACGCGCCGAGUACAUCACAGUACUUACUACACGUGUGAGCUUCAUGGUUUUUCGGGGUUUGAUGUCACGGCUUCAGUUUGUGGGGUUUUCUCCGUGUUUCUGAAGUAGUUGAUGAGACUGGCCCGCAGCAGUGAUGUGACUCUGUGUUUUGCAGUGGGAGGUGAUUUGGAGCUGAUGGGGGACGAAAAGGAAACCUGGAAAGUUAAGACAUUAGACGAGAUCUUACAAGAGAAGAAACGCAGACGAGAGCUGGAAGAGAAGAGUGACCCUAAACGCGCAAAGAACACGGAUGAUCGGGAAUCCAAACGGGACACUCCGGAGGAAGGAGAGCUACGAGACCACAGGAUGGAAAUAACAAUAAGGAAUUCACCCUACACACGGGAAGACUCGACUGAGGACAGAGGAGAGGAGGACGAGUCCCUGGCCAUCAAACCCCCGCAGCAGAUGACACGAAAAGACAAAUCCUACCACAGAAAAGAGGAGAAGAGGAAGGACAAGAGGAGGCGCAGGAGCCUUUCUGCAGAAGGAGCAGGGAAACACAUGCGCACCAAAGACAAAGAGAAGGAGCGAGAAGAUGAGAGAAGAAAGAGACCAUGGAGGGAGGACAGUAAAUCUCGACAAGAUUACGAGCGUGAGAAACGGAGGGAUCAAGCCAGAGAUCACUCCCGCCGAGAGAGGGAUCGUCUGGAGCAGCAGGAGCGCCAGCGGGAAAGAGAGCGCAAACUCCGUGAGCAGCAGCAGAAAGAGCAGAGAGAGCAGCGCGAGCUGAAGGAGAGAGAGAGGAGAGAAGAGGAGCGCCGCAAAGAGAGGGACGCCCGCAGGGACGGGCCUGUGUCUCAUCACAGAGGAGCUCCUGCAGACGAGUAUGCAGAUAAAGGGCGCUCGCGUCACCGCAGUCGCAGUCGCAGCCCUGCUCGCCAGCAGAGAGAGAUCAAAGCAGAGAGCAGCGAACAACGCCGAGUGCGGGAGGUUAUGAUGGAUGAUAAAAACCCCCUGUCUGAGCUACAGGACAUCAGUGACAGUGAGAGGAAGACCAGCACACCAGACUCAUCGAUGGGCUCUGGAUCUGAGGAUGAGGAAGGUGAGGAGAAUGAUGAAGAAGAGUCCAGCAGUCAGAGUGAGGUAGAGGAAGAGGGCGAGUCAGGAUCAGACUCUGGGGGGUCAGAACACAGCGAAGGUGCCAUGAGUGAUGAAGAACAGUCAGAGGAGGAAGAAGAGGACCGAGAGAAUGGAAACCACAUUCCUCCCAUUGUGACAGUUCCAGAGUCCCGGUUUGAUCAUGACUCGGAGGUGAGCGGUGAGGAAGAGGAAGAAGAGGGAGCCGAGGAGAUAGGAGACGUCACCCCACAGUCUCCCUCUCAUUCAGCCACUCCAGAAGACAACUACGUCCCCGAAUCACCGCCCAUCUCACCUGUAGAGCUGAAGAGAGAGCUGCCAAAAUACCUGCCGGCUUUACAGGGCUGCCGGAGCGUGGAGGAGUUCCAGUGCUUGAACCGCAUUGAAGAAGGCACUUACGGCGUCGUCUACCGAGCCAAAGACAAGAAGACUGAUGAAAUCGUGGCCCUGAAACGACUGAAGAUGGAGAAGGAGAAGGAGGGCUUUCCCAUCACCUCCCUCAGAGAGAUCAACACCAUCCUGAAGGCCCAGCACCCCAACAUCGUCACCGUCCGGGAGAUCGUCGUGGGCAGUAAUAUGGAUAAAAUCUACAUUGUGAUGAAUUACGUGGAGCAUGAUCUGAAGAGUCUAAUGGAGACCAUGAAACAGCCCUUCCUGCCCGGCGAGGUCAAAACGCUGAUGAUCCAGCUGCUGAGAGGUGUCCGUCAUCUCCAUGACAACUGGAUCCUUCACCGUGACCUGAAGACCUCCAACCUGCUGCUGAGCCACAAAGGCAUUCUAAAGAUUGGAGACUUUGGUUUGGCUCGAGAGUACGGCUCUCCGCUCAAGCCCUACACACCUGUGGUGGUCACUCUGUGGUACCGCUCACCUGAUCUGCUGCUGGGGGCAAAGGAAUACUCCACAGCUGUGGACAUGUGGUCGGUCGGCUGUAUAUUUGGAGAACUGCUCACGCAGAAACCUUUAUUCCCUGGCAAAUCCGAGAUUGAUCAAAUCAACAAAGUUUUUAAGGACUUGGGCUCUCCCAGUGAGAAGAUCUGGCCGGGAUACAGCGAGAUGCCUGCGGUGAAGAAGAUGACUUUCACAGAAUAUCCCUACAAUAACCUGCGCAAGCGCUUCGGAGCACUGCUGUCCGACCAGGGCUUUGACCUCAUGAACAAGUUUCUGACAUACUGCCCUGCCAAGCGGAUCAGUGCCGAUGAAGCACUUAAACACGAGUAUUUCCGGGAGUCGCCGCUCCCCAUCGAGCCCUCCAUGUUCCCCACAUGGCCGGCCAAGAGCGAACAGCAGCGGGUCAAGAGAGGAACGAGCCCGCGACCGCCGGAGGGAGGACAGGACUUCAGCCAGCUGGGUGAUGAUGAUCUUAAAGAUACUGGUUUCCAUUUGACCACUGCUAACCAGGGCGCCUCCAAAGCCGGUCCAGGAUUCAGCUUGAAGUUCUGAGCUCCAGCGGCCAGCAGGCUUUCUUUGCGUGUGUCUGACACGAUGCUGAGACUCAUUUAGAGAACGAGCAUCAGAGAGCAGUUUGCUGAACCUCACUGGGACACACAGACUGGGGAAGUUUUUUACGAGCACAGAGGACCUCCAUGAAGUUCAAGUGCUUUAAAUUCCUCCCGUUCAUCUGAAAUAUAAUGCGUUGGUUUGUUUUGCUUGGUUUCCUUGUUCUUUUGUCCAAUCUAAAAACAAGCAGCAGAUCAGCAUUUUCAGACCUCUUUUAUUUUUUCCUCUUCAUUUGCAGUUGUAGUUGGGAGUAAGAUGUUGAAAACCCAUUUUAGUGACAUCAAAUGAAUAUUAAAAUAAAUCCAUUUUAAAAACGUU